GCUGGUGCUCCUCCAAUUCCUCUGUCUGAGAGUUCCUCCUUGAUUAUUAGAGAUAACAGAUUCUCACUCAGGUAUGAUACAGCUAGUGCUACCUAUACCCUGCAGCUGAAGGAUGUCCAGACCUCUGAUGAAGGAAGAUACGAAUGUCAGAUUAUUGUUGGGAUAAAUAAUAAGGUUACUGAGUCUCUGUACCUGAGAGUGCUUGAACCCCCAGUUAUAAAUGAUAAUUCUACAAGAAGUGUUGUUGUGGAUGAAUUUAAUCCUGCCACCCUGGAAUGUUCUGCCAGGGGGUCGCCCACCCCAAGAAUAGAAUGGAGAAGGGAAAACAAUGCAGUACUGCCAACUGGAGGAUUAAUCUACAGGGGUAACACGUUAAAGAUCUACAGUGUGAAGAAGGAGGACAGAGGAACAUAUUUCUGUGUGGCGGAUAACGAUGUUGGGAAACCAGCUAAACGAAAUGUUGCGCUAGAGGUUGAGUUCCCUCCAACAAUUGUUGAUGAUGUUGUAGACCGGGUUAUUGAACAGAGAUACGAUGAAGCAUUUCCUCCUGCAACUAUUACUUGGAUACAUAAUGGAAUCCAGAGAUCUGUCAAUGACCGAGAUUUCGCUUUGUACAAGGGUAUUGGAGUUGAGGGGUCAAUAUCCUCUACUCUUAAAAUCAAGUCGCUAACUGAUGAACUUGUUGGAAACUAUGUCUGCAAGGCUGCAAAUAAACUUGGGUCUGCAGACACAGGAUUUAAGGUUGUAAGAGGAUAUCAGACUAACUGUGACGUAGGAAACUGUGAUUACAAUUCCUACUCAAGAGUUCUUCCAUCCUUCAUCCUUACUUCCUUCCUUCUGUCUCCUCUUUUCUUCUAA